AUGCACAAUCGAAUAGUGAUAGACGGUGAUUUCAAAACGCAACUACGUUGCCAUUUGAGUGUGAACGAGAUGUUGCGACCAAUGUUUGAGCUGCAGGCUCUCAAGUAUAAUCGGUACGCUGUGUAUAAAACUCACUUGGAUUAUCUACGUGCCGGCGCCAAGAUAAUAAAGACUAACACGGAUAGAGCGAGCGAAGAUUCUGUAAAGGAAUAUUUAAAUGUUGGCGAACUUCAGGCUUCGUCUAUUAUCGGAGCUGCCGUGCAGACCGCUAAGAAGGCCGUCCACCGGUAUUACGAGGAAACGCACGGCAAGAUUUCCAACGUCAAGGAAUUCGAGCGACGCCGGCCAUUAGUGGCCGGCUCUUGCAGUAAUUAUAGCGUCGUGAGAUUCACGUCUGACGUUCCCAUCGAAUACUGGAAUUUCACUCCGAGGGACGUCAUAGUAAGAUGGUAUGGCUUGCACGUGAAAACGUUGCUGAGUAACGGCGUCGAUCUGCUAGCAUUCGAGUCUAUACCUUGCUUAACGGAGGCGAAAGCAAUUAUUACGGUGUUGAAGAUGUUUCCGAAAGCUCGCGCCUGGAUCACGUUCGACUGUCCGGUGGAUGCGAAAUUAUUGGAUGGAAGUGACUUUAUUAGCUUAGCUUUGCAGUGUUACGAUUUCCUAUCUGCACAGAUCAUCGCCAUCGGCAUGAACAGGCCUAUGCCCGCAUCGAUGGUGCCUUUGCUGAGAAGCAUCAAUGACAACAGAGACUCGAAGAUUCCGUUUAUGUUCCAUGUUGAUAAUCGUUAUUUAUCCGGCAUAGAAAACGCUGCUGCGUCUGGCAAGGCGCCGCAACGCAAUUUCGCGCAGGAAUGGCUGGACGUCGGAGUACGUUACAUCAGCGGUGGUGGGAAAACAAACGCCGAAGAUGUAAAAACGGUCUGCGAAUAUGUAAGAGAGUACCGUUCUUCCAGAAAAGGGAAUUGGCAACGGAAAUAA